GAGAGACCCCCCUCCCCACUAUAUAUAACCGCCCCCGCCUUCCCUUCUCACCCAAAACCCCACGCCAUUAACACCGGCUUCUUGCUCACUAACACACACAAUCUCUCUUAGACACGUCGGACCCAGACAAGAAGAAGAAGAGAACCCCGCGCGCGCCUUGAUUUCCUCUGUUCUCGCUCGGGUUGCUCUGUUUCAAAGAGAAAAACAGGGGAACGGCGGCGGCAAUGGGGGACGAGCAGACGGAGCCAUCGCCGGCGUUAGCGUGGCUGACGUGGCGCGCGGCGGCGGCGGUGGUGUGCGCUUGGGUGGCGCUGCACGUGGCGGCGCGGGUGGCGGACGCGGUGUGGUGGCGGCCGCGGCGGCUGGAGGCGCACUUCGCGGCGCAAGGGGUGCGAGGCCCGCCCUACAGGUUCCUGCUGGGGUCCGUGAGGGAGAUGGUGGGGCUCAUGGUGGAGGCCUCCUCCAAGCCCAUGUCGCCGCCCACCUCCCACAACGCGCUCCCCCGCGUCCUCGCCUUCUACCACUACUGGCGGAAGAUCUACGGGCCUACGUUCUUGAUCUGGUUCGGGCCGACGCCGCGGCUGACGGUGGCGGAGCCGGAGCUCAUCAGGGAGAUCUUCCAGACGCGCGCCGACGCCUUCGACCGCUACGAGGCGCACCCCGUGGUGCGCCAGCUGGAAGGCGACGGCCUCGUCAGCCUCCACGGCGACAAGUGGGCCCUCCACCGCCGCGUCCUCGCCGACGCCUUCUUCCCCGACAACCUCAACGUACGCAAACGAAUCCUCUGUUUCUUCUUCUCCCCCCUUUUCUCUCCUCCCUCCAUGGAUUCAUCUCUGACGAAGCUCGGUCAAUUGAUUGAUGUUUUUGUGCAGCGGCUGGUGCCUCACGUGGGCGCGUCGGUGGCGGCGCUGGCGGAGAAGUGGCGCGCCAUGGCGGAUGGCGCCAUGGGAGGCGAGGUGGAGGUGGACGUGGCGGAGUGGUUCCAGGCGGUGACGGAGGAGGCCAUCACGCGGGUCACCUUCGGCGGCAGCUACAGCGACGGCCGCGUCGUCUUCGGCAUGCAGGGCCGCCUUAUGGCCUUCGCCUCCGAGGCCUUCCGCAAGGUCCUCGUCCCUGGCUACCGGUUCGUUCCGACCAGGAAGAACUGGCUGUCAUGGAAGCUCGACAGGGACAUCCGCCGGAACCUGACAAGGCUCAUCGGCCGCCGCAGCCACGAGGCCACCGCCGCCGCUGCGGAGGCCGAGGGGGAGGAGAAGAAGCAGACCGACUCCGGCGGCGGCGGCUUCCGCGACCUGUUGGGGCUCAUGAUCAAUGCCGGCGAGAGGAGGAGGACGACAGCGAAGUCGGCAUCGGCGAUCCCGGUGGGGGAAAUGGUGGAGGAGUGCAAGACCUUCUUCUUCGCCGGGAAGCAGACGACCACCAACCUCCUGACGUGGGCCACCGUGCUCCUCGCCAUGCACCCGGAGUGGCAGGAGCGCGCACGCCGCGAGGUCCUCGACGUCUGCGGCGCCGGCGAGCUCCCCACCAAGGAGCACCUCCCCAAGCUCAAAACGCUCGGCAUGAUCAUAAACGAGACGCUCCGGCUGUACCCGCCGGCGGUGGCCACGAUCCGCCGCGCCAAGGUCGACGUCCAGCUCUCUGACGGUUGCAUGAUCCCCCGUGACAUGGAGCUCCUCAUCCCGAUCAUGGCCUUGCACCACGACACGCGGUACUGGGGCCAGGACGCGGCGCAGUUCAACCCGGCCCGGUUCGCCGACGGCGUGUCCAGGGCGGCCAAGCACCCGCUCGCGUUCAUACCGUUCGGGCUCGGCUCCCGGAUGUGCAUCGGCCAGAACCUGGCGCGCCUUGAGGCCAAGCUCACCCUUGCGAUCCUCCUCCAACGCUUUGAGAUCCGGACGUCCCCCAACUACGUGCACGCGCCGACGGUCCUGAUGCUCCUGUACCCGCAAUACGGAGCGCCGUUGAUGUUCCGCCCGCUGUCGUCGUCGCAGCCUUCGGAUCCGGUGUCCCCCUAGGCCACCUGCUCUCCUUGUCACAAGCCUUCAAUUCUUUUGUCAAAACUGACGUAACCCAAUUUCCAUAAGGAAGAGAGCUGUGUGGCCUGUGGGGCACCAAAUCAUAGGACACCCCCCAACAACAUGACCCAAAUGCCCCUCCACCUCAGCCAGCCACCCUGUGUACAUAUGCCAAGCCAUACAAAGAGCCAAGAAGCACUACUAACUUUUUUGUCCUAGCCUGCAGCACCAUGGAGCCUACCCAGGUUUGCCUAAAAUGCCCUCCUUAACAGACCGGGAUCAGGGCCUGCCUUUUUCCUUAAGAUUUGAUGACACACAAGAAGAAUGGCCCCCACCUCUUUUUGUUGUCUAGCCUAUGGCUUCUGGUGUGUGUAUUUUGUAUAGUGGUUUUAUUCUAUCAUCAUCAUCAUCAAGAGAGAGAAGAAAAAAAAUUGAGAAGGAAGAAAAAAUCGGUGUGAUAUUUUUUUGUUUUGUCUGCCUUUUUUUUUUUCCUUUUUCUUGUUCGUCUUCUUUGAGACUUUGCUUGUCUACCUUACACACGGCAUUGCUCUUCUUUUC